CUUUUUAUAUACAUUGAAAAAACAUGCAGUUGCAUAUGUAAAUCAGUCUCCUCUUUCUCUCUUACGGAUUCAAAGAUCUCUCCUGCAUCAUGGCGAAUGCUGCAUCUGGAAUGGCUGUGCAUGAUGACUGUAAGCUGAAGUUUUUGGAGCUAAAAGCAAAGAGAAUCUACAGGUUCAUCAUUUUCAAAAUUGACGCCCAACAAGUGGUCGUGGAGAAGCUUGGAAACCCUGAAGAAAGCUACGAAGAUUUCACCAACGCUCUGCCUGCAGAUGAAUGCCGAUAUGCUGUCUUUGAUUUCGACUUUGUUACUAAUGAAAAUUGCCAGAAAAGCAAGAUUUUCUUCAUUGCCUGGUCUCCUGAAACAUCAAAGGUGAGGAUGAAGAUGGUGUACGCGAGUUCAAAGGACAGAUUCAAGAGAGAAAUAGAUGGAAUUCAAGUUGAAUUGCAAGCAACAGAUCCUACUGAAAUGAGCCUUGACAUUAUAAAAUCGCGAGCACUUUAAAUCUCAUCAUAUCCGUCUCCAAGCCGAUGCUAUGCUGUUGUAAUUUAGUGUUUUUUCCAAUUUGAUUAUGUUCCAAGUCAUAAGCUUUAUCUUUGUGUUACUUCCAUUUUCAUCACCCUGAUCAUUUCUGGAUAUUCUUUUGUUUUUUUCCCCUGAAUGAAACAUCAGAUUGUGAUCUCAUUCAUUUCAAUUUUCUAUUGUAUAACUUGCGCGUAAAAAACACACAGAGAAUUUUUCUCAUUUCACAAUU